AUGUCAAUUACCACAACCCUCGGCAUCAUCGGUUAUCCGAUCGGUCACUCCAUUUCGCCGCUGUUUCAGCAGGCGGCGCUGGACCAUCUGGGUAUCGAGGCAGAGUACGGCCCGUAUGCGGUGAAACCGGACGAGGUUGGGGAAUUCGUUGAGGGUUUGCGGUCGGAAAACGCCAUUGGGAUCAACGUAACCGUUCCGCACAAGGAAACGGUCAUCCCGUUCCUGGACGAGGUUGACGACUGGGCUACCGAGGCUGGGGCAGUCAAUACCAUCGUGAACCACUCGGGGCGACUGACCGGCCACAACACCGAUGGCUACGGGUUUCUGCGGGCGCUGCGCGAGUCGGGCGGUUUGGAGCCGGAGGGCAGGCGGGUUUUGAUCCUGGGCGCCGGUGGCUCGGCCCGUGGUGUUGUGCAGGCGCUUUUGCGCGCCGGCGUGGGCGAGCUUCAUAUCGCCAAUCGCACUGUGGCGCGUGCCGAAACCCUGGCGCGGCUGGCUGCAAAUCGGGGAGUACCCGCAACACCGUUGGCGUUGGGCUCUGCAGAUGUAGCCGCGGCGGCGGCGCAAGCGGACCUGAUCGUCAAUUGCACGUCGGUGGGGAUGCGGCACGGGCCCGACGAAAGCGGCUCCCCGUUGGCCGCGCAUCAGGUGCCGGCCACGGCCCUGGUAUAUGACCUGGUGUAUAAUCCGAUGCUGACGCCUUUAUUGCGGGCGGCGGAAGCAGCGGGGGCCGCAACGCUCGGCGGAAUUUCAAUGCUGGUGUACCAGGGGGCGGCAUCCUUCGAAAUCUGGCUGGGCCAGCCGGCUCCGGUAGACGUGAUGAUGGCAGCGGCGACGGCGGCAAUGCCGGCCCGGGAAGCCGACGCGACCUGA